AAAGCAAUGGACUCAGGAUUUGGAGCAAAAUUUAAUCGAACUGUGGCAGGAGCAUGAAUGCCUUUAUGAUGUUGGACAUGAGAUGUACCACAACCGCUCCGAGAAAGAGAAAAGGUGGACGGAAAUUACAAACGCUCUCAAACAGCCAGAGUUUACUGUUGAGGACAUUAAGAUCAGGGUAGUAUCCCUGCGAACGCAGUACUGUCGUUUGCAGAAACCCAAACCAAGUGGGAGUGGCUGCAAACCCUUGACUCCUAGGCAAAGGUGGCUUCUCAGAGUGAUGGAUUUCAUCAAAACAUAUAUUGUCCACCGGCCAUGCGAAACAACACUUGGUGCAUCAUUCAGUGGGCAGAGUGAUGCAGAGGAUAUGGACCUCUCAGACCUAAGGCCUGAUACACCAUCUGUGGACAGCUCCCCACGUACUGCGUCCACCCCAAUUUCGUCAAAUCAAGAAGCCUUUACAUUGUCGGAGGAAACUGCUUCAACUGCCUCAAGUGAUAGCGGUAAACAGCCACGUUUGAGCAACAAUCCCCAAAAAAGAAAGAGGGUGUCCGAGGAUGUUGUAGAGCUGCAGAAGCUGGAUUUGUUGAAACAGAUGGUUGCUCAAGUGGACUCACAAACACCUCGGGAUACAUUAACUUCUUUUGGGAACCAGGUGGCUUUGGAAUUGAGGGAUAUUCAAGACCCAGUUCUGUUAUCACGAGUAAAAAGAAGCAUAAUGAUUAUGAUAUACAACGCCCAGGAGAAUGACAGAAGCGGGUCAUUGUCGUCACCUGGACAACCUACCCCAUAUCAACCUGUCAAUUCAGGUCUACCAACGGCCCAGUCUCAUUCCCAGCAGCCUUAUUAUGCCUCAGGUCAUGGGUUUCAUAGAUCACUUUUGGAGACACAACCCGAACAUGCCUAUGACUAGACAUUCUAAUG